AUGGACUCUCCCAUUGUGACGCAGCUAUUCAGGCAGCUGUUCCGUCACCGAGCGUGCCCCUCGAGGCGGAACCUCGUCAAGCUCGCAACAACCAUCCAAGAUGCCCGCCAGUCCACACAGCGCCGAGGUAUGGCGACCCGGAGGGACAGAGGAGCCACGACGCCCGCGCGUAACGAGAGCCAUUGGCAGCAGCGGACGGACAUAUUCCCGGCGGACAUGACGGACGAGUUCAAGAAAUAUCCAAUGGUGACGGCAAAGGAGCUGAGGAGCUACAAGGAGCGGCCGCGGCGGGUCAAGAUGCUCAUGCGAGACUUCAUUGAAGACAGUUUAUACAACCCACACUACGGCUACUUUUCGAAGCAAGUAGUGAUCUUUAGCCCCGGCGAGCCCUUCGAGUUUAAUAAAGUUCGUGAUGAUAUCGAAUUUCAAAAUCUGCUCUCAGCCCGAUACACCGAGUUCGAAGAUGGUCUGGAUGCAACGGCGCCGAGCGACACAAGGCAGCUAUGGUACACGCCGACGGAACUAUUUCGCCCCUACUACGGCGAGGCGGUAGCGCGGUACCUGAUCGCUAAUUACAUCCUGACCUCGUUCCCCUACCACGACCUGAUCGUGUACGAGAUGGGUGCCGGGCGCGGCACGCUGAUGCUCAACAUCCUGGACUACAUCCGGGCGUGCGAGCCGGCCGUAUACGACCGCACAAAAUAUAAGAUCAUCGAGAUCUCGAGCUCGCUUGCGGCACUGCAAAACCGGCAGCUGCUGGCCAACGCCGCCAGCCGGGGCCACGCAGGCAAGGUGGAGAUCAUCAACAAGUCCAUCUUCGACUGGUCCGAGCCCGUCCCCUCGCCGUGCUUCUUCCUCGCCUUCGAGGUCUUCGACAACUUCGCCCACGACAUCAUCCGCUACGACCUGACCGCGCCCUCGUCGGCCGUCGAGCCCCAGCCCCUGCAGGGCACCGUGCUCAUCGACGAGGGCGGCGACUUCUACGAGUUCUACCAGCCGACGCUGGACCCGGUCGCGGCGCGCUUCUUCGCCGUGCGCGACGCCGCCACGGGAGGCGCCUACCCGACGCCCUACCCGUCCAGCCGCGCGCUGCGCCUGCUCAAGGGCAACCUGCCGUUCGCGCCGAACCUCAGCACCCCCGAGUACGUGCCGACGCGGCUGAUGCAGUUCUUCGACGUGCUGGAGCGGUACUUCCCCGCGCACCGGCUUCUCACGAGUGACUUCCACUCGCUCCCCGACGCCAUCAAGGGGCUGAAUGCGCCGAUCGUGCAGACGCGGUACCAGCGGCGGCCGGUGCCGGUGUCGACGCCUUUGGUACACCAGGGCUAUUUUGACAUCAUGUUCCCGACCGACUUCGGUGUGAUGGAGGCCGUAUACCAGGCCAUCACGGGGAAGCUGUCGCGCGUGGUGUCGCACGAGGACUUCAUGCGGCGGUGGGCGUACGUAGAGGAAUGCGAGACCAAGAGCGGGGAGAACCCGCUGCUCAGCUGGUACAAGAACGCCAGCGUCAUGACGACUGUAUAA